AUGAUAAUGUCCCUGCUGGAGAAGCAACCCUCCAAUCGUCUGCCCCUCGAGGAGCUUGAAAGCACUCUACUGGCCAAUCACCGACCGGCUCUCAUCCCCGAAGAUCUGGGAUUCACCUGUCUGCGCGACCUCCUUAUUUCCUUCCCUUUUGUCCAGAUUCUGCGUCUUCCACCCACGGCCUCCUACAGCCCCAGUGCCAGUGAGGAACUGCUGGGCGGAUGGCAGGAGAAUGCAGUGGACGACGAAGGCCUGGCGGAGGGCUCGGGGGACAAUUCCGACCAGACAGUCGUUGGAGAGAAAGACGUGGAGAAAGGUGAGCAGACGAUAGCGACAGCGCUGGAACCGGCACCGGUGGAGACGGAAACAGAAAAAGAUGACUGUUUGGAGGCGGCGACGUCAAGGCAAACUGAACACUCACCAUCACCGUUACUGCCGCCACCGCCGCUCGGUGGCUGUGAAAAGCCGCGUGAAAUCCUCUGUCUCACCGACCGCAGUCAUAUCAAACAACUCGCCUAUCGUUGUCUUCAACUGCUCUUCGGCUCGCCCUUCUGUUCCCUGCAGGAGGCGGAAUUCAAACGACGCUUUGUGCAGUCCUUCAACGAGGAGGUCAAUCUGGACUGCAUUAAACGUGAGAUGGGUGACUUCAUUCAGUCUACCGGUGAGACGAGUGGCGACGAGGUCGACGGUGGCAACAACGCGAUUCCCGUGACUCUUACCGGCACCGCCGAAAACUACUCUAUUGCUACCUCCACACAGAUCAUCGCCUUGACACCUAUCAUAGUCUUUGCGCGUCAGCUGCGCACCCUGCUCCUGCGAACACGCGGUCGAAUGAUGCUGGCUCUGCUUGAGACCAUCUACCACAGCACAUUUGGCCUCCCCCUGCGUCCGGAGGCCUACGGCUACCCCUCAAUUUCUACCCUCGUUGGGGCAGUCAGUUUCAUCGCAGUGAUUCGCGGCAGAGGCGCAAGGGCCACGCUGUUCUUGGCGCAAGACUACCUU